GGGAGUUUCCCUCCGUCUGAAAGGCCGUGUAUACAAGGCCACAGUGAGGGCCGUUCUGCUCUAUGGUAGUGGGACUUGGCCCCUUCGGUCUGAAGAUCUGAGGCGCCUUCAAGUCUUUGAUCAUCGUUGUUUGCGAAGCAUUGCUGGUGUCGGAUGGCACCAGCGUGUCCGCAACGAUGAUGUGCGUAGGCGAGUACUAGGUAGUGAUAAUCAUGCUAGCUCCCUAGAACAACAGAUAGCACUGAAUAAGUUACGUUGGCUCGGGCACGUGCUACGCAUGCCUGGUCACCGCUUACCUAGG